AGACACCACGUUUAUCUUCCAGAGCUAGGGAGACCAACCAUCACAACCCUAGGGUCAAAUUGACGCUACUCAUCCUUAUUCGCUGUUAAUACAUCAACCCCGUUCUAUUUACCGUCUGGAAAGCGCAUUAUCCUCUCGUUCCCGUCGCUUACGGCCAUCGGAUCGGCCCCUCUGCCGCCUUUUAACUUGCGCCGCCUCCGAAGCAAUUUUUAUUCAUAGGAGGAGAAACAAUAGAUAACCGAUCAAGCGCGUGUCAAGCCACGAUUUUCAAUCACCGCUGGACGACUAAACCCAUCAGCUACGCUCUUUCACCAUGCCAUCCGCUUCAGCAUCCGGCGCGGAUACUGGCGGUUCAGCCAGAUCACGCGAACACAACCAGGGGAACCAGGAUCGCAAAUACACCGCGGAGCAGAAGGCAGCUGUGAUCCGGAUACGAAAAUGCUCGAGCACGGCGUAUUACGAGAUUCUAGCCUUGGACAAGUCAGCGUCGGAUGGGGAGAUCAAGAAGGCAUAUCGCAAAUUGAGUUUACUGACACACCCCGAUAAGAACGGGUAUGAGGGGGCGGAUGAGGCGUUUAAGAUGGUCUCUCGUGCUUUCCAAGUGCUAUCGGACCCGGACAAAAAAUCCAAGUAUGAUAAGUUUGGUGGAGAUCCGGACAGCAGGUUCACACCUAGUGCUGGGCCGUCCGGGGCGUCUCCUUUCGGUGGUGGGUUCCCGCGCUCAGCGGGUGCUGGUGGUCCUAUGUUCGAGGAGGAGAUAUCGCCAGAGGAGCUGUUCAACCGCUUCUUCAAUGGCGGGUUCGGAGGAGGAGGGUUCGGUCCUUUCGGAGGUCCUCAGUUUGUUUUCAAUAUGGGCGGAGGUCCAGGUUUCCGGGUACACCAGUUUGGAGGGCCCCGACCGCGACGAAGACCUCGCGAAGCCAGCGCUCAGGCCGAAGCCGCACCGUCUGGCUGGGCAACGUUCCAGUCACUACUCCCUCUUAUCCUUCUAUUCGUGCUUCCUCUGCUCUCCUCUCUUUUCUCUGGCUCGUCGUCUCCUUCCGGUCCUUCCUACAGAUUUGAUGCGGCUGUACCCCCUCACACCAUGCAGCGGACAACACCGAAAUACAGCAUCAAUUAUUUCGUCAAUCCUAGGGACGUGGAAGACUACAGUGCGAAGAAACUUCGCCAGUUGGACACAAAAGUCGAAGUGGACUAUAUCACCAAAUUGCGGUACGAAUGCGAGAGCGAAGUACAUGCUCGGGACCGGAUGAUGCAAGAAGCCCAGGGGUGGUUCUUCCCAGAUGUAGAGAAGAUGAAGGAGGCGAGGUCCAUGGAACUUAAGAGCUGCCGGCGGUUAGACUCUCUGAAGGGGAGAUAUUAGCCAGCGUCACGAUACGUCCUUUUGCAUUUUGACCCGCGAUUUUGGUUCUUCACAAUUCCUUUUGGCCGCUGCUCCUUCUGUCUGCUUUUCUGUUGUGCAUUAGAAGCAAAUGACUGGUGGAGAUUUCGAUGGCGUCCCAUGGACUGAUGAGUUACUGGAUGUCUAUGAUUACUUUAAUUGUGCAAAUACUUUUAUCAACGGCUGUGGAGAGAAACUGAAAUAUUAACUCAAGAGACA